CAGCAGAAACUUGACCUAACCAGAGUAGUAUUAGCUUUUCAACAAGUCUCUCGCCGCCGUACGUGGUCGAUGGCCACCACCCACGACGACUGCGUCUCCCUCUGUCUCAUGGCGCUCGCAGCCGCGGGAGGCGGAGGAAUGACGACGCAGUCGUACGCUCCGAGCACGGCUGCCUGGACGACGCAAGAGUGCGAGCUCCGCUUCCGGUGCUCCGUCUGUGGCAAGGCCUUCGCGUCGCACCAGGCGCUGGGCGGGCACAAGGCCAGCCACCGCAAGCCGACGCACCUACAGACACAGCAGGCGUCGUCGUCGUCGGUGACGACCUCGUCGGCCGGCAGCGGCGGCGGGCAGGGGAGGCACAGGUGCUCGGUGUGCCAUCGGAGCUUCGCGACAGGGCAGGCGCUCGGUGGGCACAAGAGGUGCCAUUACUGGGACGGGCUCUCGGUGUCGCUCACCGCGUCGGGGUCCGGGUCGACCGUCAAGGGUUUCGAUCUGAAUUUGAUGCCGGCGACGAGGUGGGGAGAGGAGGAAGAGGUGCAGAGCCCCUUGCCGAUCAAGAAGAGGCGGCUGUCCGGCCCGUCCUUGGACCUUAGUUUAACGAUUUAGAGUUUCCCUCUCAUGCAUGAGUUCAUCAUCUGGAAUCCCCCCCCCCCCCCCCCCCCCCCCCCUAUCUUCGUUCGUACUCAGAGCUGGUUUGGAUGCAUGCCCAUGUGUAUUGUCUAUAAAUUCAUAUACGCUGAAGUGAUUUUUGAUAUAGCGUUGAGUUUAAAUUUUACAUCAAACUGCUCCAACACAUACAGAUUGAGAUAAAUACACGAUCCAAAUCAGGCCUUAACUCAGUUUUGAUUUUGUAUUUGCACAGUAAA